AUGGGAAAGAUUUUGCAGAAGAGAAAGAACCGCUCGGGCUUGUCUAAGGCUCGGGCUAAGAACAACCGCCUUAAGAGCGGUAACAAGAAGAUCAAUGUGUUGGGUAACGCCAUCAUUGCUGAGAACUGGAACAAGGAACUCACCUUGACCCAAAACUACAAGAACCUCGGUCUUUUGCACAAACUCAACGCCCCCGCCGGUGGUCGCGAACGUCUACCCGGAACCGAAGACGACGCUAAGGCAUCCCACUCGCUACAAAUCAGAGGCAGCGCUAAGGCCGACGCCCAGAUCGAACUCGGCGAGAUCCAAGUCGAGCGUGAUCCGGAGACUGGAAAGAUUCUACGUGUUAUUCGGGAGGAAGAGCAAAUUGAAGUCGCAGGUCGCAAGCUGCGCGCUGAUAACCCGCUGAAUGACGCUUUGAAUGAUCUUGAGGCUAAGGAGGCUGAGCUCCACGCCCGUGCGCCGGGCACAAGCAUUGUUCAGCAAUUAGAGCGUCAGGCGGAUCUGGAAGGUGUGGCUGGUAAGGCUAAGAAGCCUCGUCAUCAGAGCUCGCGCGAGGGAGAGUGGAUUUCCAAACUGGUCGCCAAGCACGGCGAUGAUCUUAAUGCUAUGUUCAGAGAUCGUAAGCUCAACCCUAUGCAACAGAGUGUGGGUGAUCUGCGCCGGAGAAUCAACAAGUGGAAGAAGAUUCAAGAGUGA